GUUUAGGGGUACUACUAGUAAUGCUCUAAGCCUUCUUCCGGAAGCCUCACUGCCACCGCGAGCGCGAGCGCGAGACGGCCCAUGGCUCCGCCGGCGCCGUUCCUCUACGCCCGCAGCUCCGGCGACGGCACGAGCCAGGACGCGGCCCUGCGGGCGGCCUUGGAGGGCGACCUCCAGCGUCUCAGAGGUACUGUAAAGAGUCUUGUCGACCCAAGGGUGGUCUUCUCUUUCGAAAUGGGUGACCUUGGUGUGCUGCACCUCGCAGCCGGCAGAGGGCAUCUUGAAGUUUGCAAGUACUUGGUGGAGGAACUGGGGGGAGACGUGAAUGCUCCUGCUCCUGGAGUUGGAGACUUUGCAGGUGUGACACCCUUUAUGACAUCUGCUCAGUCCGGCGAUGUUUUGACCGUGAAGUAUUUGCUUGAUUGUGGUGGUGAUGUAACUAAAGCAGAUAGUAAAGGACGCACAGUUCUCCACCAUGCGGCAUGCAAAGGAGUACCUGUUGACAUAGACUGUGGCCGUGGUACACCACUCCAUCAAGCUGCUACCAAUGAAAAGGAUAAAACAGUGAAGAUUUUGUUGGAACACCAUGCAGAUCCUAAUACCACUGUAACCGGUUUGGGUACUGCCCUGAUGGGUGCUCUUUUGUACCGUUCAUUGAAAUGCAUGAAGCUGCUGAUUAAGGGUGGUGCUGAUGUCAAUCGAAGGAACUCCCUUCUGGUUACUCCGUUGGUGUUCGCUACAGGGCACAAAGGCUAUACCAACUUUGUGCAGUUUCUGUUAAAGGCAGGAGCGGAUCCUAAUAUUCCCGAUGCUUAUGGUAGGUUACCAGUAGAGCAUGCUGCGAGACAUGACUGCAGGGAAGAAGUUGAAAUGCUGUUUCCUUUGACUUCCCCAAUUCCAACUAUCCCAAACUGGAGUAUAGAUGGAAUCAUCUCGCAUGCAAAAUCUGAAAGUGCAAAGCCACUGGUCCAAAGCCACCUUGAACGAACAAAAGCUAUAAUGAAGUCACAGGCAGAUCAUGCAUUCAGGCUGAAGGACUAUAAGUUAGCAUCAAAAGCAUAUGGUGUGGCAAUAGGUGCUGCACCGAGUGCAACAUUGUACGCGAACAGGAGUCUUUGUAAACUGCUGUUGGGUGAUGGUGAAGGUGCUCUGUCAGAUGCUCUCAGAUGCAGAAUGCUGCGACCUAACUGGGCAAAAGCUUGCUACCGUCAGGCUGCAGCUCACAUGCUACUAAAAGAGUAUAAACAAGCUUGUGAUGCUCUCCUGGACGCUAAAAAAUUAGAUCCUGGAAACACAGAGGUUGAGAGAGAGCUACGGCUGACAACAAAAACAUACAUGAAUUAGUGGCAGCAAUUGGCCGGGAGUCCAUCGGUCAUGGUGAUAGAAGGGUUGGCGUUGGCUCCGAUAAGAGACGCAGCGGCUGAGUGUCUGACACGAGCUGUUUUUGGCUUUCUUUGGACUGAAUCGUCCAAUGGAGUGGGAUCACAUCAACAAUCAAAGAAGAACCUAGCUGCAGCUCACAUACAAAAACUUGGCUCGGGCAGCCCUGACACAGGGUGUUAAUUCGGGAACAUGACCAUAGUUUGACCGCGCGGACGACACUGCCUGCAGUAAAAGAACUGAGAGGAAAGAACAUGCGUUACUAAGGCCACAAUCGCCGCCCAAAGAAGGCCACCAUUGUUGUUGUCGUCUCUGAAUCAGCCGGGGCUGGGUGGAGGAGGUUGAUCGAACGCCCCUGCAAGAGUAGUGGUUAUCAAUGGAGGUCCUACCCGGCGUCACCAUCAGCCGAGGCCAUCUAGCCGGCGUGGCAUCAACUUCGUGGGUGAGUCACCGGGUUGUCAGUGAAGGUCUCUCCAGAUGUUCGUGAACUGAAGCUAGCAAGAUCGCUAGCAACCACACUAUGAUGAUUCAGAUAAAGCUAGGCAUUGGCAUCUGCAUGCCUAAGUAGCAUUUAACCGGCGUGACCUGUGGUAGGCAAAACGUUGGAAAGGAGAGGAAGACCAACGAGGUACUUUUGCUCAAUAUAAUAUGGGCGAGGUCACUACUCCGGCCGGCUGCUCAAAUGCCUCAUCAGUUAAUCUUAUAGAACGCCUGGGAGUGAGAAUUAAAUGUAAGUACAUAGUGGAAGGUGGCUUGAAGAACAAUGGAAGCCACACGUUGGUAAAAAACCUUCCGGAGGAAAUAUAUAACAAAGAGAUGAAGUGACAUGGGUAGAAAUUGCUGAGAUGGCUAGAUGAUGAUAUGGACGCGCUGCAUGUCGAGAGAAUUGAUAGUAGUGGGGAUCAACUUUUUAAGAAUGUAAGAUUACUACAUCAAUUCAAACAUAGCAAGUUCAUUUGAUGCAAACAUAGUUCAAACUACUGCAUCAUGCCAAACUCCUCCGAGUCUACUUGAACUACAUAAAACUACUCAUCAUUGUUGGACUCGGUCUUCAACAGCUCCUAGAAUUCCUCUUUUGAUGUGUGGUUGUCAGAGUCGUCGUCCUUCUCUGAGUUAUCCCACUCCGAUGAGUCGGACUCAAACGGAAUCACCGUUGAGGGGCUGGCCUUGCCCUCCUUCUUCACCGACUUCUUC